AGGAUGCUCAAUUCCUUUGGAGCAAGUCUUGGCUGUUUCUUGAAAGCUGCGGUAUUGAUUGAAACUACCCCAACUUGAAUAUGAAGAAGAUUGGUUUUAUUUUUUAGUAAAACUGUCAUUCAUCCGCCCUCUUCCCUUCAAUUACGGAUCUUUUCGAAUUUGGUCAUCUUUGCAUGUGCUUUGCCCUGGAACUCGUGAAACCUUAUAUAUUUAACCAGACCUUAGGAGCUGUUCCAAACAUCCUUAAAAUGGUCUCAAUGAAGCCUCUGGUCACCUACUUCUUGCCUACAUUCGUCCUAGCCUUGUUCACACCGUAUGGAUGUUCGUCGGUGUCGGCUCUGCCUCUGUUCACCGAUUCCCGGUGGAUAGUCAAUGGAGAUGGCCAGAGAGUUAAGCUGGCUUGCGUGAACUGGGCGGCACACCUCGAACCUGUUGUUGCAGAGGGUCUGAGCAAGCAGCCCGUGGACUCAAUCUCUGCGCGGAUUGCUUCAUUGGGGUUCAACUGCGUGAGACUCACUUGGCCUCUCUUUCUCAUCACCAACGAUUCGUUGGGUUCCACGACAGUGAGACAGUCAUUUCAGCACCUCGGCCUCGAUGAUGCAAUUGGGGGCAUUCAGGAGUAUAAUCCGUCCUUCUUGAGCAUGACUCUCCUAGAUGCUUUCCAGGCAGUUGUGUCCAGCCUUGCACGGAAGGAUUUAAUGGUCAUUCUGGACAACCACAUUAGCAAGCCGGGAUGGUGCUGCAGUGACAAUGACGGAAAUGGGUUUUUUGGAGACCAAUACUUCCAACCCCGCGUCUGGAUUGAGGGUCUAGGGCGGAUUGCUACAAUGUUCCAUGGCGUUCCCAAUGUUGUUGGUGUCAGCUUGAGGAAUGAGCUCCGUGGCCGGAGACAGAAUGUGCAAGACUGGUUCAGGUAUAUGCAAGAAGCAGCAGAAGCGGUCCAUUCAGCGAAUCCAAACCUCCUCGUCAUCAUCUCUGGCCUUCACUAUGACAGCAGCUUCUCCUUCCUCAUAGACCGAUCUAUAAACCUCACAUUCGGCAGGAAACUAGUCUUUGAGCUGCAUUGGUAUUCAUUCACAAGCGGGAGAAGAGCCUGGAGGAAGGAGAAUGCCAAUAAGGUGUGCGGGAAUGUGAUAGACGAGAUCAUGAACAGAGCCGGGUUCUUGUUGGAGCAGGGGUACCCGCUCUUCAUGAGUGAAUUUGGAGGAGACCAGAGCGGCAACAAGAUAAAUGAUAAUCGGUACUUGAAUUGCUUCCUUGGGUUGGCAGCGGAACUCGACGUCGAUUGGGCGCUUUGGACGGUUGUCGGGAGUUAUUAUCUGAGAGGGGGGAAGAAUGAGUUUGAUGAACCUUAUGGUGUACUGAAUGCCAACUUUUCAGGAGUUCGAAAUCCCGACUUCGUACAGAGGCUCUCUGCCCUCCAAGCUCCUUUUCAAGAUUCAUCGGAAGAUACUGCGCGCAAAGUAAUCUUCCAUCCCCAGACGGGUCUGUGCAUCCGGAGGAAAUCAAACCUCGGGCCUCUGCAAUUGGGCCCUUGUGCCGAGACUGAGACAUGGAAAUACACGCCACAGAAGACUCUUAUGAUCACAGGAACAUACUUCUGUUUGCAAGCGGAUCAGCCUGGUGAGCCCGCGAAGCUCGGGACGAUCUGCACCAAUUCCAACUCGAGAUGGGACACCAUCUCAGACUCCGAUAUGCACCUUUCAUCUAAAGUCGAGAACGAGACUGUUUGCUUGGACAUAGACUCUAGUAAGACCAUCAUCACCAAUACCUGCAAGUGCUUGAGCGGGGACAGUUCAUGCGAUCCGGCAAGUCAGUGGUUCAGAUUCAUUACUAGUUCAGGUUCGGGUACCAAGAGACCUGCCCUCUAACUGAUCUAUAUUGAGUUUUUGUUCGGCCUCCCGAAGAUGAGGUCGGACAUUGCCCGAUCUGGAAGAAAUUCUUUGCAGGCAGUUAAUUUUGCGUGGUUAGCUCCUUUUCUGAUAUAAACUGUCCAUAAUCAAUCACGCAGCCGUGCUAUUUAUAAUUAAAUCCAAGAAAAUUUUAUUUAAAUA